AUGUCGUCCUGCAGCGUCGAUGGCAAUGCCGACAUGUACGGUCUCGGCAUCAGGCUUGGGUUCUAUCUCAACUGGAAUGCGGGGAUCCUCGCCAACCUUGUCGCCGUGCAGGAGAUCGAGACGAUCCGCUACGCUUUCACCUGCUUCAUCGGCGCCACCUUCCUCGCACUCGUUGUGCAGACGGUCCAGGGCGACAAUUUGACCGCGCUGGACACCUACAUUGUCCUGCUCCUGUGUUUCGGGUACUAUUGUUCUCUUGUUCCGACUUGGUUGUGGCGGCUGGCGACAUGCUUCAACCCCAAGCUCGAUCCGACCCGCUGGCCACGGCUCAAGCCGAGCCAGACGUUCAUGUACGCCCACGUCGCGCUUGUGGCUGCGGUCGCGGCGUUUCAGCUGUGGUUCUGGUUCGCAGAAGUGCCUAAAGCAGCAGCGUGCAGCUAUCGCGGUUUCCUCUUUGUCAAAUUUCGCCUCACCGACGUCGUGUUCAAAUAUGUCAAUAUUGCCUUCCAGGCACUUAUCCUGGCCAUCUGCGUAACCAGCGUGGCUGCGCAAUUGUUAGGGAGGGAGGGCUCGCCCUCGGUACGGAUCUCGGAGCGGCACAAGUCGACCCUGCGAAUUCUAUACGCAGUGAUGCUCUUCAUUGUCGCAAGCCUAAUCACCGUCGCAACCGAGCUCACCAUUGCGUGGAACAGAGUGACCGACGUCAAUGAGCUCAACUCGGCGGGCCAGCUGAUUCCGUUCAUCGUCGGCGUCGGUGUGCUAGGGCGCGUCGUAUAUCUCGCCAUCCGCGGUGGCUUGUCCUCCGCUCCUCCUGGCAAGAUGGGCACCCAUGGACGUGACGACAUGACCGCGAUGGGAGGGCAUUACGUGCAUCUCCCGACCGCAAUGCCGUAUGACGAGUCAACCACCAUCGAUGCCAGCAGCUCCGGUGGAGGACCCUAUGGCCCUGUGCACAAACCCUACACACCCGAAGGCUGGAACUUCCUACCACCCAUCAGCCCAUACGUCGCCAACAGCACGUCUGUCCCGAUGCCGGCCGUGGGAAUUUCCCACCCCAUGUCCGCGGCGAACAAUCCGGUCCGAAGCUCGCUCCCUCCAUACGAGACUGGCGGCUUGCCUCAUCCGAACAGCCCGUAUGAGAUUGGGACUGGCUACGCUCAUGGGCGCCAUGAGCUUUACGAUGCAGACCAGCCGACGGGCAACUACUCCAUCAUGACGCCCACAAUCGGGAAUCCUAAUAUACGUUGA